AUGGCGCCCGCAAAGUCUAAGGCCCAGAAGAUGUCCAUUGGGUCCUUCUUGGCCGAUGAGAGCCUUGGCUCUUGGGCUGACGAGAUGGAGGAUAUGCCCCUCCCCAGACCUACUUCCAGCUUCGGUUCUCGCCCUUCUGGUGGCAUGGGUUUUGGUAGUGGCAUGGGCGGUGGCGGCGGUUUUUCUGACCGUAUCGAGCGUGGUGGAUACGCCGUUCGCGAGCAGCUUCCUCUCCCAACCGAGCCUCCUUACACUGCCCACGUCGGAAACCUUUCCUUCGAAGCGACUGAGCAGGACAUCUCCGAACUUUUCGCUGGCUGCAGCGUGACAAGUGUCCGUGUCGUCGAGGACAAGUUGACCAAGGCCCCCAAGGGAUUUGGCUAUGUGGAGUUUGAGACCGUGGAGGGCCUGCAGAAGGCCCUGGAUCUCUCUGGCACUACUCUUCAGGGAAGAACCAUUCGCACCAGCAUUGCAGAGCCUCCCAAGGAAUCUCGUAUGGAAGGCCGUGACCUUGACUGGACUCGCCGGGGUCCCCCUCCCCCUGCCCCCGAGCGCCGCAUUCCUGAACGUUCUAGCUUUGGUCGUAACAUGGAUGCUGCUUCUGAUGCCGGUAGUGACCGCGGUGGUGCCCGUCGCAGCAACUUCGAGUCCGAUGGAAAGUUCCGUGAUUUCGGCAACUGGGAGCGCAAGGGUCCUCUCUCUCCCCCCGCUGGUGCCCCUCCCCGCGAAGGCGGCCGCCCCCGCAACACUGAAGAAGGUGGUUCCAGCUUCCGCCGAAACUCCCCUCCUGCUUGGGGUGAGGGUCGCUCGCAAGACGGUUCCCGUCCUCCCCGCCCAGACCGUCCCGAGCGUGCCCCCACAGCUGCUGAUAUGGACAACCAGUGGCGCAACUCUAUGCGCCCCGACCAGCAGCAAAAGGAGCCCACUUCCCCAACUGCUCCUGCUUCCCGCCCUAAGCUGAACCUGUCCAAGCGCACCGUCUCUGAAGCCCCGACCACCCCCACCGCCGGUGGAGAUUCGAAGGCCAGCCCCUUCGGCGCGGCCCGACCUAUCGAUACCGCCACCCGCGAGCGUGAAGUUGAGCAGAAGCGCCAGGAAGCUAUUCGCCACAAGAAGGAACAGGAUGACAAGACUAAGUCCGAGAAGGAGAAGUCUGAGAAGUCCGAGAAGUCUGAGAAGUCCGAGAAGUCUGAGAAGUCUGAAAAAUCGGAAAAGUCCGAGAAGCCUAAGCAGGCUAAGGAGCAGACCAAGGAGCAGACCACGGAGAGCAAGGUCGGCACGGACUCCAACAAGGAUGCUGUUGAGCCCCCUAAGGGUGGGGGUAACUUCGAGAUCCUCCGGCGGGCCGGUGGAGACGACAUGGCCGCCGACCAGGAGCCUGCUCAGGCUCCUGCCGCGGCUGCUGCCCCUGCGGAGGCUGCGAAGGAGACCGCCAAUGGUAACUGGAGAAGCGCCGAGGCCCCUACCGAGGACAAUGAUGGCUGGAGCACAGUAGGCGCUAAGCCUCGCAACAGCCGUCGUGGCGGCCGUGGAUUCUAG